AUGUUGAAUGUACUGUUGUCGCCCUUGAUCUUUGCUGGAACUAUUCGUUGCCUGGAGGAAUUGCUGAAGGAUCGUCUUGUCUCCGGAGCAAACAUACUCUUCAGUCCUGCAGGCUGGACGACAAUCGUCUCUUUAUACAACUGCCCAACCCCUCAAGGUGCCAAUAGCGUCAACCUUGAUCGUCUCAUCAAGGUCCCGGCCAAGGCUGUCGAGGUGCCUGUCGCCAAAUGUCUCAAUCACUCAAUCCUCUGUCUGCUUCACCUCCAGUCUUGCCCUCUACCUUGCUUUUCUACCCCUCCAAACUUCUGA